CGCAAAGUUUCAUUGAUGGCUAACAGAUAAGAUAGCCAUUCUACAAUCAGUCUUGCUUUGGAGCCGGCAGGAAGCGUUGCAAGUGGCUCUUGAGUUGUAAAACAAUAUCGCUAUAUUUUUGACGGCAUUUAGCACUUGAGCGAACGAACCAUGUCCACUGAUACAAAGAAACAAUUCGUGGAGAAGAGCCACGCCAAAAUAUACAGUUCCUACAGGAAGGACACUCCCACUGAACUGAUAGAAAAGAUUGUCGGUUUUCUGAAGGAAAAGGUGCCAGAGCCACUGGGCACAGCCGUGGAUGUGGGGUGCGGUAAUGGCCAAAGCACCGUGAUUCUCGCCCCCUACUUCCAGCACGUGCACGGAUCAGACGUCAGCGAGGCGCAGAUAGAACAGGCGAAAGCCGACAGGUCGCUCUCCAAUGUCACAUAUGCAGCAAGUCCAGCGGAAAAGCUGCCUUUCGAUGACGGCUCCGUGCAGCUGCUGACUGCAGCGACCGCCAUGCACUGGUUCAACCUGGACCUCUUCCUGCCGGAGGUUCGGCGCAUACUGUGCGUGAACGGCGUGAUGGCGGUGUACGGGUACCACUAUAUGAAACCCGAAUUCGGAGAUCCAGCUCGGGAUGCGGAGAUCGACGAAUUGUACGAUAAAUACUACGAAACACUGGAGCCGUAUCUCUUGAUGCGUCAUGUCAAAAUGUUGAAAAGUAGAUACAAGGACGUCAAAUUUCCUUUUGAAGAGGUGGUCAGGUGCCCUGAUGUCCGCUGUCGCUUUGAAGGCCGUCUAUCGGAAAUCGUGAACUAUGUCAGCACUUACUCGGGCUUUCAAAAUUUCAAAAAAGCUGACUUCAAAGCUGCAGAGGAAUGCAUGCACUCCUUCCAAAGAAGGUUAAAUGAAAUCGGCGCUGCCUGCGGCCAUUCUCCAGAUGAUCCCGUCACUCUGUACCGUGACUACCAGCUGAUACUGUGCAGGAAAACCAAAGAAGGGCCGUUUGAAGGCUAGUCACAGAGAGCGAAUGAUUCAACCAAGUGCAGCUUGCUCCAAGAAAGAGUGAAGCUAAAAUGAAUGCAAAGUAUGCCGCAUGUACAACGAAUAACUUUCUUUCUGUUUAAUUCAUUGCUGUAAUUAAAAAAAAAAAAUAAUUUUUUUUAAUUGUAAAAUAAUUGUUUGUGUUAU